AUGGUUAGGGCAAUGCAAUUUGGUAACAAAUCCCGAUUUACUGACCUUGAAAAUGAACCUGUGGAUCACCUAUUACCACCUAUAAGAGGUUAUCAAGGUCAAACACUUGUUUCACUAGUUGAAGCAAUUCAACCUGUUUCUAGUUUUUUUGUUGAAAUUAAAGAUAAUGUUAUGAUUGCGUUACAGAAUUCACAAAACCCUGCUAAUGGAUUAACUCAGGACGAAUCAGCUUCAAUACAUUUAUAUACUAUGCAAUUUGACAGAGGACCAAGUUUAUUUGAAUUACUUAAUCAAUCAUUACGCGAUGAAAAUCGUCAAAAUUUGAAACUAUGGUUUCCAUAUCUUAAAUUAUUUUGUACUGCACUAUAUAAACUGCCAUCACAAAGUAUAAGAGUAUGGUGUGGGAUUCGAGAUGUUGAUUUAACUGCAAAAUACCAAAAGGGUACACGAUUUGCUUGGUGGGGAGUUAAUUCUUGUAAGACUGAUAUGCAAGCACUUGAAUCAGAUCAAUUCUUGGCACAUUCAUAUUUCAAAAACAUAGAAAAAGAAAUCAUUCUUAUGCCUGACUCCCAUUUCGAAGUGAUAGACCAGUUAAAUCCAGCAACUGGACUUUAUAUUAUUGAAUUAAAAGAAAUUACACCGUCAAUGACACUUGUUAGACCACCGUUUACUAUAUGGAACGGAGAAAAAUCACCAUCGGUCGUACAUAAACUAAGUGCAUCUUCUUCAACAACACCAGGUAUGAUGACAUCGAUAGCAUCUGCCGGCAGCGUUUUAGAGAAAAUGACAAAAGCACUUGUAUUGGCUCAAGAUUAUAUGACUCAAUGGUCAGCAGAUAAUGUCUAUUCGGAUGAAGCACUUAUUGUACCAUUUCCCAGUUUAGCUGUAUUUGAUCCAAAUAAAAAUAUCUGGUGCAUCCAAAUUAAAGCUUGGUUAUAUUUACCAUUUGAAGACAAAAAAAUAAAAAAUUAUUUAUCAUCAUUAACGACUAUUUUAUCUGGUAAAACUGAAGAAAAUGUCGAAAAUUCUAUUCAUCAAGAUAAUAAAAAUAUCAAUACAGAAAAAACUUUGAAAGCUCUUGUUUUUGUCGUAGACUGUAAAAAUAUAAUCAAACAAGAAGAAUUAGUGGAUGACGAUAUUUAUGAAGACGCUCUACAUGAUUUUGAUAAAUCAAAAGGAAAACCAAGUCGUUUAAGUUUAUUUUUUGCUGGAAGACCUGUUAAAGCUGCAAUUAAAUGUUUGAUUCAUGAUGUUGAACAUUUAAUGGAAUCAUCUGAUGAACGUGGUUUUAUAGAAGAACGACUUGAAUUAUCUGAUGAAAAAAUUCAAAAAAUUUCAAAAAAAAUUCAUCCUGAUUCCGAUGAUCGACAAUUUGAUUAUGAAAUUCGAAUAAAUGAAUCGAAAACUGAUUCUAAAUCAGGAAAUUUGAAAACACUUAAAUGUACGAUAUAUACUCUAGCACCUAAUGGUGUUAGUAUUAUAUCAGAUAUUGAUGACACAAUAAAAAUUACUAAAGUUCUUAAUAUACCAGCAUUAUUAAAACAUACAUUUUUUGAUGAUUUUAAACCAGUCAAUGGUAUGAAUGAACUUUAUCAAAAAUGGUAUGAACAAAAAUGUCAAUUUCAUUAUGUUAGUGCAAGUCCAUGGCAAUUAUUUCAAGCUAUAUCUCAUUUUUUGAAAAAAUAUAAUUAUCCAAUGGGUACCGUCAAUUUAAGAAAAUAUGAAACUCUGUUGAAAUUUUUAAAACUACCACACACCUAUAAGAAGGAUAUAAUUACACAGAUCAUUCGUGCUUAUCCUUUCAGAAAAUAUAUCUGUGUUGGAGAUUCAGGAGAAUUGGAUCCUGAAAUUUAUGCUGAAUUAUACGAUACUUUUCCACAAUGUAUUGCUCAUAUAUUUAUUCGGGAUGCUUGUCAGACAUCUGAAUGUUUACCAAAAUGUCAAGAACGAUAUAUGAAAACAUUCCAAGAUGUACCAAAACAAAAAUGGACUGUUUUUAAAGAUCCUAAAACGAUUGAAACGAAUAUUCAAAAAAUAAUUGCUACUUAA